AUGGGUAUUUCAACAAAUAUUUCCCAUCUGGAUUAUAAUCCCUACGUCCUUAUAUUGGACGUAGACAACAACAUCUGCGAACAAUUUAAUAGUGUUAUUAAUAAAUUUCUUGGUGGCAAAAGAAUAAAUUAUAAUCAAAGGAGUUCUUAUAAUACAAGGAUAUUAAGGAUAUUAGCAGCCGUGGUUAGUUUUAAUUCUAGCGAGUAUUUAAGAGCUGUAAAAAAACAUAUCACUCAAACAAGUCCUGGAAAAACGGCUAAAUCAUUUUUAAGUCAAAUAAUAAAAAACCGUUCUGCUUGCCAAAAACGAAGACAACUUUCGACCAAACUUAAAUAUAAAGUAAAGCGACCAAAAGCUAGUUCCAAACCAGACAAACACUAUGGUAACGCAGACAUAUUAGACGGUAUAAGAGAAGUCGAUGAUCCAUCGUUUGUAAAAGAUAUGGAACAGUUUCUGAAGACUUUAUAUGACGUCAACCGCACUACAGUAGAAGAAACUACAAGAUAUCAAGCCGAAAGUGAAAACUGGAGGGCAGAAAGGAUGAUCCGACUCACCGCUAGUAACUUUGGUCGUGUAUGCAAAAUGCGUCGCAAUACUAGUUGCAAAAAUAUAGUGCAUUCAAUCUUAUAUCUAACAUUCAAUAGCAAGUCUGUCCAGUAUGGUAGGGAUAUGGAAGACGAGGCAAAAACAAAAUUUGAAGAAAAUUUCGGUUACAAAAUAAAAAAAUGUGGUCUUUUCAUUGAUACGCAAAUUCCAUAUUUAGCUGCUAGUCCCGACACGGAAAAUGAGAUAGAGGCUGUAUCCACUGGCAAACUGAAGUAUUGUUCCAUCAAAGAAAACAAAUUGGUAUUAAGUAAAAAUCAUAUUUACUACUGCCAAAUACAAGGACAGCUGCAUAUUUCCCAAAAGGAACAAUGCUUUUUUAUUAUAUACACGACUAAUUGGAUGUCAGUCCAGAUAAUCAAAUAUGAUGAGGACUUUUGGAGUACACAAAUGGUCGAUAAAUUAAAAACGUUUUAUCUAAACUGUUUGCUGCCAGAAAUCGUGGAUCCUGUUUAUAAAUAUAGAUUCAUGAAAUCAGACAUAACAGAGUCAAAAAUAAUUUUACAACAAAUGAAAAUCUCAAAACAGCUAUUUUAA